GACACUAACUUCUGUGACCUUGCGCAGUUAGUGAGCUCUGCAGAAUGAGCACCCAGCCUGUGCUGCUCUCCCUACAGGCCCCUGCGUCGUUGAGUGGAUGGAUGAGUGGACUUCACCAUCUGGAGCCUCAGUCUCCUCACCUGUAUUUUGAAAGUGUUGAAGGAGAUGAUCUGAGGAUUGUUCUCAGUGCAAAUAUUAGCUCAUUUUGUGCAUCUGAAUGAUUGCCUCUCUCCAGCCACCUUGAACCUGAGCCCCACAGUAGCACCACAGUUUCAGCUCAGGGAGGCAGAGCCUAGCUUGUCAUUUCUAGUUUGGCAUCUACAUCUCAAACCUUUGCCCUUGAGUUUGUCAAACUGACAACUAGCUCGGGAGCUUUGCCCCAACACAUUCAGAAGUCCUAACACCACCUUCUCAUCCUCUGUAUCUGUUUUUUCAUAUGUGAAAACACCCAGCUGCCCUGUUUGGGGAUAACUUCAUUUGAAGCACUUUCUUUAGCUUUUAUAUUUCAGCAGCUUUUUGACGUAGAGUCUACAAUGAUUUGUAGGAGAAGGAAGUUGCUGCUCUGUGGAAAGACCACAGUCCCUGCCGUUGUUCAGGCCUAGCUCAUUGGCUGUGUUUUAUAGGCAUAAAAAGAACAAAAACAGGCCUUUCUUGUGAAAAACAGAACCUGAGGAUUGUUCCUCCAGUUAGUGGGAAAGGCCUUUUUCACCUCUGACCAGGAGAGGGUUGUUAACAAAGACUAGUCAUUUUUCCUGGGCAGGUCCCUUGCACUCUACACCCUUCUUAAGUCAUUCCUUUAUAUAUAUUUUUUAAAUUGUAUCUUUAUUCACCAUAUGUUUAAGGAAAUAAAAAUGAUUCCGAGCAUGUUGCUAGUGUCAGUCUUAAUGUUGUGUUCGUUGAGAGCCUCAUGUGUACUUGGCACUGUGCGGUGAGCUAGGUGAAUUAUUGCUGCUGUCCCCCCAGCUUCGUUACAGAGCACACACCUGAGCUCUGGGAGAGCCCUCACGCUUUCGUCCUCGGCCUGCCACGCAGGAGCUGAGGUUCCCACUGAGCUCUCUCCAGCACCAACAGGCUCCCUUCCUAUGACUGUUUGGGAAGAUGUGGCAUUUGACUAGAUUCGAGAAUAGUUGUGUGCUUAUAAGCUGCCUUCUCAGCUUUACUAACAAGUUGUGAAGAGAGAAGCCUGGCUUGGGGGAAGUGUAAGAGAGUGUUUAACACACACACAUAUGCAUGCACACACACACACUCACACAUAAAGACCCUCAGAAACUGUGUUUAACCAGCUAUCUGGCCACGUGCCACAUCCAGCAUUGGGCAACAUGCUCGAAAGUGCAUUUGGGAUAGAGCAGUGGGAACCUUUGAGGAAUCAAAGACACAGUAAUUCCCAGAAUCUCAGUUCAAACCCAGAACACAAGACCCCACCCUAUUUACCACAAGGGGCCAGCUCCAGGUUCAAGUUUCUACCUUUAGAACUCUGCUCUUUGAAUUUUUCCUUUUGACAUCUACAGCGAAAGACAGAUCUGGGAGAUAAACUUUGACAUCUGUGCAGGAGGAAAAAAAUUCUCUUUUACAUUGUCUGAUGUUGAGCUCAAAGAAUGAGAAAGUGUAUUGUAUUUGUGUAGCACCUUCCAGUUCGUAGUUCAAAUUGGUGUAUAUGGUUAUCACACGUAAGCACUGGGCGAGAUGCCAGACUCCUGGCUCUUCCUCAGACUCCUGCCUUGGGCAGGCCCCUUCUUUCCUCUGGGUUUGAGUUCCCUCAUCUGUGAAAUGAGAGAGUUGGGCCAGUUGGUCAGCAGGGCCCCUCAAACUCUGUCGUUCUGUGAUUUGAUUCCAGUAAAAAGGCAGUAAAUGUUACCUGUUAACUCUUCUUCUGUCUGUCUUGACCUCAGCCUGUCCUGUGUCGGGACUGUGGGGAGGCCCUGCCUCCAGAAGAGCCGUCGUCCCUUUCAUGCUUACUGGCACCUGAGAUGGCAGAAAAACACCACAUUUUCCUGAGAAUUCACUUGGCUUGGAAGGAUCUUGGUUGUUGAGGGAUCCACAGGCUAGUUUAGACCAAAUAGCAAUCUAACGGCCAUUCCAGUUCCAAGAUUCCAUGAAAGGCUACCCUUUAAGAAGACAAAUCUGACCUUGAAAACAGUGUGAUGCAGAAGAAAAUAAAAAUCCCCAAACUUUCUCUCAAUCAUGUAGAAGAAGAUGGGGAGGUUAAAGAUUAUGGGGAUGAAGAUUUACAGCUUAGACACAUCAAGAGACCCGAGGGGCGGAAGCCGAGCGAAGCAGCGCAUAAGAGCAUUGAGGCCGUGGUGGCCCGGCUGGAGAAGCAGAACGGCCUGAGCCUGGGCCACAGCACGUGUCCGGAGGAGGUCUUCGUGGAGGCCUCGCCGGGCAUGGAGGACAUGGACAGUCUGGAGGAUGCCGUCGUGCCCCGGGCUCUGUAUGAGGAGCUGCUGCGCAACUACCAGCAGCAGCAGGAGGAGAUGCGCCACCUCCAGCAGGAGCUGGAGCGGACUCGGAGGCAGCUGGUCCAGCAGGCCAAGAAGCUCAAGGAGUACGGGGCGCUCGUGUCGGAAAUGAAGGAGCUCCGGGACCUCAACCGGAGGCUCCAGGACGUGCUGCUCCUGAGGCUUGGCAGUGGUCCCGCCAUUGACUUGGAAAAAGUAAAGUCAGAAUGUCUCGAGCCCGAGCCGGAGUUACGGAGCACUUUCAGUGAGGAAGCAAAUACGUCGUCCUAUUACCCCGCUCCUGCACCUGUCAUGGACAAGUAUAUCCUAGACAAUGGCAAGGUCCAUCUGGGAAGCGGGAUUUGGGUUGAUGAGGAGAAAUGGCACCAGCUACAAGUAACCCAAGGAGAUUCCAAGUACACAAAGAACUUGGCAGUCAUGAUUUGGGGAACAGAUGUUCUGAAGAACAGAAGCGUCACAGGAGUUGCCACAAAAAAAAAGAAAGAUGCGGUCCCUAAGCCACCCCUCUCGCCUCACAAACUAAGCAUUGUCAGAGAGUGUUUGUAUGACAGAAUAGCACAAGAAACUGUGGAUGAAACUGAAAUUGCACAGAGACUCUCCAAAGUCAACAAGUACAUCUGUGAAAAAAUCAUGGAUAUCAAUAAAUCCUGUAAAAAUGAAGAACGAAGGGAAGCAAAAUACAAUUUGCAAUAAACUUUGGAUUUUUCAUAAAGCCUUAUCGUUUUUCCUUGCGUGGCUUGUGAUUUGCGGGCGAUGGUGCUGUCCAGAUCAGACCCAACCGUGCGUGGUGGGACGCGGGCAGGGAGCCAGCAGGUUUCCAGGGUCAUCGACUUGCCCUGAACUUGGACUCCCCAUUCCAAAGAAGUCAGACGGAUUUGCUGAGACUCAGGCAGCAACAUGGUGCCAGCGUCAUUCUGGGGAUGGGGAAAGUACUGUCUUUUCAGAGGGGGAUAAAGUGUCUCUGAGUUGCCUAUCACUUGACUGAGAAUUUGAACUAAUAUUUUUACCAUUCAAGGACUUCUAUCUCUGUUCCUCUAUUUUGUUCUAUAAUAAAGCUUCAUUAAUUCUUUGA